GAACUUAGUUACUCGGCGAAUACCGCCGAAGAAGGUUGGGUGUUUUUCGGUCAGUUUCUUCAAACAAGUGUUCGUGAUUUGUUGUUAAGAUUGGCAGUGAAGAAAUUAAAAAAGUUUUGGAAAUAAAGAAACAACAGCAUAGAUUUUACGAUUCCGCUUACAGUUAAUUCUAAACAGUGUUUCCGAAUACUCUGGUUCGAUGUUAGAUUUAAAGUAGCGCGCGCGGUCAAAUAAUGUCUAAGGGUUGGUAAGACUGUUCGGAAAAUUCGGAAAGUGAACAGGUGUUUUUUGAAUGGAUUAGGGAGAAUAGUCGACGAGGACGCAGAAGGAUUUACGAAUGGUGAACGAUCGACGAACGGUGCAAUAUUUGUGAAUAAUCGACAAUUUAGAAAAUGCAUUGGGAUUUAUGUUUUAAUUCGAGCUAUUAUAAAAAAUGAGGUAAAUUGGCACAAGCAAUUAUGACAUGCAUAGAUGACAAGGAUAGCAUGCGGCCAACCUAGCAUCUUUGUUAUACCAUAAGAGAGAAUAGAACCGGAGGUUAAAUAUGCCACACCAGUUUGGUUUGCCUACAAUGGCACAUGGAAUGCAAUCUCCUCCGUCGCCGACCUCAGUGAUGUCGGUUUACCCUCGGUAUGGAUCCGGUGUCUACAGACCGGAUCAUCAAGAUCAAAGGUUGACACGCGAAGCAAUGGAGCGUUAUUUGCGCGACAGAAGCGACAUGGUUAUCGUAAUUCUUCAUGCUAAGGUUGCACAAAAAUCGUACGGUAACGAGAAACGAUUCUUUUGCCCUCCACCUUGUAUCUACUUGUUCGGGGAUGGUUGGAGAAUGCGUCAAGAACAGAUGCUACGCGAGGGUGAGAGCGAACAGUCCGCGCAACUUUGCGCGUUUAUCGGAAUCGGUAACUCGGACCAAGAUAUGCAACAGUUAGAUCUCAACAAUGGCAAACAGUAUUGCGCAGCAAAGACAUUGUACAUUUCGGAUUCGGACAAAAGGAAACACUUUAUGCUAUCGGUGAAAAUGUUCUACGGUAGCGGUCACGAUAUCGGCGUGUUUCAUAGUAAAAGAAUCAAAGUGAUCUCGAAACCUUCGAAAAAGAAGCAAUCGCUGAAGAACGCCGAUUUGUGUAUAGCGAGCGGAACGAAGGUCGCACUGUUCAAUCGAUUGCGAUCCCAAACAGUGAGCACGCGUUACCUCCACGUGGAAAACGGUAAUUUUCAUGCGAGUUCCACGCAGUGGGGCGCGUUCACGAUACAUCUGUUGGACGACAACGAGAGCGAAUCGGAAGAGUUUCAAGUGCGAGACGGUUACGUCCACUACGGGAGCACGGUGAAACUGGUAUGUUCCGUGACUGGAAUGGCGCUUCCGCGUUUGGUAAUUCGUAAAGUGGACAAACAGAUGGCCAGUUUAGAGGCGGACGAUCCUGUAUCGCAGUUGCACAAAUGCGCAUUUUACAUGAAGGACACGGAUCACAUGUACCUUUGUUUAUCCCAGGAACGUAUAAUACAGUUCCAAGCUACACCGUGUCCAAAAGAGGCGAACAAAGAGAUGAUAAACGACGGUGCUUGCUGGACGAUAAUCAGUACCGAUAAGGCGGAAUACCAAUUUUUCGAGGGUAUGGGACCGGUAAGAUCGCCGGUCACACCGGUGCCGCUUGUUCACAGUUUGCACCUGAACGGCGGCGGCGACGUGGCGAUGCUCGAAUUGACCGGGGACAAUUUUACCCCGAAUCUACAAGUGUGGUUCGGUGACGUCGAGGCAGAGACAAUGUACAGAUGUCAAGAGAGCAUGCUUUGCGUGGUACCCGACAUAUCUCAAUUCAGAGGCGAAUGGUUGUGGGUACGGCAACCGACUCAGGUACCCGUCUCGUUGGUACGCAACGACGGUAUCAUUUACGCGACCGGCUUGACGUUUACCUACACCCCUGAACCUGGCCCACGACCACACUGUCCGCCCGCGGACGAGAUCAUGAGAGCGCCGCGUACCAUGCACAAUCAAGCGAGCAUGCCGCCAGCGAUCGCGGACGUACCUUGGAACACGCAUCAACCACCCCAGUCGGGUCUCUGAUAUUUCCUAGACAAUUACAGUGUGCAUCACCAAAGUUUACGACCUAGUGAGACGAACGCUGUUUCGAACGUUAUUCAUCCACCGAACGAUAUUUCGAUUACCGUGGAUAACGAGUCGAUCGGCGACGAUACCAGCUCAACGACCUACGCGACAAAGAACGCGUUACUUCGAGCCGAGAGCGCGGCAACAACGUUAGACAAUACGAAGACGUAGCGAUUUUCGUUACGUCGCAAACCCUUUCGCGAAACAUAGCCCGCCGCGGAUAUGUAAUGUACAAUGUGCCGUGUAUCAUUUCCCUAUGUUUAUAACUACGUAGGUUCCUAGCUUUAAGCGUUGAUACAGAGCGUUACACAGGGAUUAGAAUUUAUAGCGAUCUUAGAAUUAAGAGCUUUGUACGAAUGUGAAUAGGUAAUUAUCUGACGGAACGGGGGGGAUAGUUCUAUUCCAGCGUGUUCUGCGAACCAUCUGAAUUUACGGCAAUUUAGUCCGUGGCAAUUGCAUAUCGAUCGCUGAAAGUGAUUGUGUUAUCGAGGAAACACUAUUUGAUUUACAUUUUACACGUUUAUAAAGCUCUAUGAUCGAGAGAGAGAGGGAGAGAGUUCUGCGAUUAAGUAUCCGUUUCGUUUGUCGUGAAACGUAUCCCGAUACCGAUUCGAGACACUAGGGAGAAUCAGAAUCCAUAUUUUCGUUUCAGUACCGAACUACUCGGGCUCUAAGUUUAUUUUCGAGGUGCACCGCAACCUCGUGCACGCGUUGAUGUAAAUUUCAUAUGAUAAUCGCGUUUGCGUAAUAACACGCAAAGUUACAUGUAAUCUCAGAGAGAGACGUUUGCACUAGUUUUGCAAAAUUAUCUGCAUGACAUAGGAAUAAUUCUAGUUUUUAACCGGGGGGAAGAAACGAGUCGCGUCUUAAGGUCCUAUCGAAAAUUACCUGCGCUAUCUCGAUUAAUUUAUCGCCUUAUUCGGGUGUAUCACGGUCUUUUUUCUUUCUUCUCUUUUUUUUUACCGAUCAUUAUUUAUUUCUAUACGAUAUAUUUUAUUUUUACCGGCGACACAUCUCGGAUUUUUAGCUUUUUUUUAACCCUAGACAAAUAUCACGUUACGCACGCUUUUUAUUAAUCCCGCUCUACCUGUCGGCAUGGUGGUUUCUCGAAAUUCGCGGUACCGUUUGCAAUCCCGACCAUGCGCUUCGAAAGGUACAAUAAAGGUAUCGAUGCAUUUCGGAUGGGUGAGACACAAAGAUGAACCAACGUAUAUAUACGUUUUUAUGUCUCUCUAUGUUUUACAAUAAAUUUGAAAGAUUUCUAUAAUAUAAAGCCUUUUGCUUUACGACCUGCACACGUUACUUCCAGAUCCCGAAAUCUCGUUAAACGAAAAGGUAGAAAAUUAAUCGGUUAAAAGCGAUUCGUUUCUUAACUUCUCGACUACCGUCGAAUCGGUACAGAUUUUUCUUUUUUUUUUUUGCCAGAUACCAUCGAAUAUAAUUAUCUGCAACAGGAAACGAGAUAGGAUCGCUUUGGG